AUGGUUUCGUAUAACGCUUCAACGUCGCCGGGUGACCGCUCCAUUUUCGAGGCGCUAGUUUUGCUUGAAGACUCAUACGAAGUGAACCUAGGGCAAGUUAUUUGCACUUACAAUAAUACAAUAAGAAGUUCCACCAUAAUUUCUCCAUUGGUUUGGGGUGACAAGUCGGCUGAAAUCUAUAAGAAGCGUGACCAGUUUGGAGUAACAUUGAACCGUACCACUCCAGACCAAAUACUCGGACUCUUGGAUGGCUUGCAAAUGUGGAAAACGGUGUUGAACCACUCAAAAUCACAUAGGGAAGCGAAUGAAGAAAAAGUCCCCAUCUUAUACGAUGUGCGAUUUCUUUUACGUCUUUUUCUCAGUCUGAUGCAUCCAGCUUCCGAGCUGAAAUACCGCACCUUUGUCGAGCAGAAUGGACUAUCUCUUACGUUUUCAUGUACGUCUUCCAAGGAUUUUGUGAUACGCAAAUUGGCUUAUUGUGUAUUGCAAAAAUUCCUUUCUCUUUUGCAGGAACUAGACGUCGACACCGCUGAUGAUCGCUACAAAUUCUUGUACAUCUAUAUCUUACGGCUCUUCAAGCAAAGCAUUGAAAAUGAUGCUCCAAGACUCCCACAUAAAGUAGGUCAUUGUGCUGAAGAGAUCAGAAUUUUUUUUCUCCUUGAAAAUUCAAGAAUUUUGAUAAGCAAGACUUGUUACGAGACAAUUUAUAACGGUUCACAUGAAAAUCGUUUACCGGCCUCGCAUAAUUUACAAAAAUGUUGCGGGCGCGAAAUCAUCUCCCACUUUUUUGCCCGUGUAUCAAAACUAGUCUUACAUCCUGAAUCGCCCGUAUACACUGCCGUUCUUUCCUUUCUGAGCUUGAAGCCAGUGAUCGAUUUGAACAACGUGCCGGAACUUUACAAGCUUCUUCUUAGUACUUCUACUGAGCACUAUAAACAGGAACGGGAAUGGAUCCUUACACUUAUAUCGGAGGGGCUUAUCGAGCCGAUGGAUUACAACCUCCUUCAAAAUCGAUCUGGAAUUAAAUUACUGUUGUCGUUGUUUUCAACAUGCAUGGUAGAUAUGGUCACACGUCGUUUGAUCCUUAACAUUCUCAAGGCUGCUGUGCAAAUGUCAUCUGUUGCGCAUGAUCUCUUUUAUAGGAUGAAUCUACAUUCAUGGAUUGCUUCUGUUAUUGAUGUGAGUAUUGUUUAA